AUGAUCCAAGGGCUCUCUCGCUCUCCCCCGGCAGGCAAGGAUCAAGGGAGCAGCAGGGCUACUGAAGCCCGUGACGAGGUUGUCGAGGACUUGCAGCAACAAGAGUCCAGGGGUGGUGGGGGCCAGACUCGGUGGAUCGGAGAUCGAUGCGAGCAUAUACCACAGUACAAGCAUGGAAAGGUACCUAGCUUUCUGGUUAGCGUCAAAUACUGCAAGCGCGUCUCUGUGGUGGGGUAG